GAAGACCGCAGAAGAGAAAGAACAGCGACCGCUUCCCUUUCAUUUCAUUCAUCUCUCUCUUCUCUCUCUCUCACAGAUAUAUGAGUCCCUCCACAAGCCACCACUUUUAAUUUUAUAUAUUGUUUGCAACUUCCAUCUUUCUUUUUCCACAACCAGAUUACACAAAACACUCACUGCAACCAACAAAGUGAAACAAAAGGAGCGAAAGAGAAAGAAAGAGACCACAGACAACACAAACACACACAGAGUUUAUUAGAAAAGAGUGAAGGAAUUGAAGAAAAGCUUUCAAUACCCGAGAAGAGAAAAUGAUGUCUGAGUGCUUUACAUCCUUUCAUACUCUUCAGCUCUAAGAGAUUUGCAUAUUCUGGAGCCGAUCAUCAAUUCAUCAUCCUUCUUGCUGAUCAAUUCAAUUAUUUCAAAGCAGUGAAGCUAUAGUGAUGGUCAUGAUGAUGAUGAUGAUGAACAACAUCUUAACAUGGCAAUAGCAACACCAUCUACUCUCCCUUCCACUCUCUCACAAUCAAAGACAAACAAUUACCACUCCUUUGAUUCGAUUUUGGACAAGCAACAAGACUCUUCUGAUAAUUCUAUGUCCCAGGAUUACCACCAAGGAAUCUUCACCUUCUCCAACGGGUUCGAGAGAUCCACCACAGAACACCAACAACACCAACACUCCCAAAUUCACAGGGACAAAGUAAGGGUGCAAGACUUCGACCCACAACCACCGCCGCCGCCGCCACUGGUAGCCAUAGAAGACGAACCCGGAGGCAUCCCUGUGUAUGAAACCACGGGGAUGCUCUCCGAGAUGUUCAAUUUCCCCUCCGGCGCUCCGGCCGGAGGUGAAUUGUUAGAGCAACAACCACAGCAACAAUCAAUGACGGUGGCGUUUCGAUCCUCCCCACGGCCACAGGCAGUGGGAAGCAGCGACUGGUACGGAAACAAUAGACAAGGGAUGUUAACCGGGUCGGGACCAUUGGAGGAUUCAAAGAUUCCUCAUCAUCAUCUUCAACAUCAGAGCAGUGUGAAUAGCCGUGACACUAGCAGCAUAGUCCAACAUCAUAGCAACCAGCACCAUCAUCAUCAUAUGUCAAACAUUAAUGCCGAUUCAGCAGCUGCCAUGCAGCUUUUUCUCAUGAAUCCCCAAACCAGAUCCCCUUCCCCUCCUCCUCCUCAUCAACAUAAUAAUAACCAAACUACCCCUUCCACUCUCCACAUGUUACUCCCCAACCCUUCCUCCACUUUUGGUUCAGGUGGGUCAUUUAGUCAAUUUACAUGGGUUCCUGGCAGCACUCAAGAACCUGGAGCUAACAACCCAACUGAGAAUAUUGCAGGUGUUGUGGAAGGACAAGGCCUUUCACUUUCCUUGUCCUCUCACUUAGAAGCAGCCAAAGCUGAGGAAUUGAGGAUGGGAGAUAGUGGUAAUUUUCUCUACAAUUACAAUAAUCAAGGUGGUGCUGGUUCUUCUUCUUCUCCUCACUAUCCUUAUAACAAGAACAAUCUUGGGGUUCAACUUCAACACCACAAUCACCAGGCAUUGCAUAUGCAAGGGGGGUUUGUGACACCAUCUUCAUCCUCCUCCUUAGGUGUGGUGAAUGUGUUGAGAAAUUCAAAGUAUGUUAAGGCUGCUCAAGAAUUGCUAGAAGAGUUCUGCAGUGUAGGGAGGGGCCAAUUCAAGAAGAACAAGUUCACCAGACAGCUAUCAAACCCUAGUUCUAAUCCCGGUGCUUCUUCAUCUUCAUCAAAAGAUGCUCCUCAUUUGUCUCCAGCUGAUAGGAUUGAGCAUCAGAGAAGGAAGGUCAAACUCCUAACCAUGCUUGAUGAGGUGGACCGGAGAUACAGCCACUACUGUGAGCAAAUGCAAAUGGUGGUGAACUCAUUCGACCUGGUGAUGGGUUUUGGGGCCGCGGUCCCUUACACCUCGUUGGCGCAGAAAGCCAUGUCACGUCAUUUCCGGUGCCUGAAGGACGCGAUACUAGCGCAACUGAAGCACAGUUGUGAGCUGUUGGGGGAGAAAGAUGGAGCGGGGAGUUCGGGGUUGACGAAGGGCGAGACGCCAAGGCUUAAGAUGCUUGAGCAGAGUUUGAGACAGCAGAGAGCGUUCCACCAAAUGGGGAUGAUGGAGCAGGAAGCUUGGAGACCACAGAGAGGGUUGCCUGAACGAUCCGUCAACAUUUUGAGAGCCUGGCUUUUUGAACACUUUCUUCACCCGUACCCGAGCGAUGCAGAUAAGCAUCUGUUGGCAAGACAGACUGGUCUAUCCCGAAAUCAGGUAUCAAACUGGUUCAUUAAUGCCAGGGUUCGUUUGUGGAAACCCAUGGUGGAAGAUAUGUACCAACAAGAACUUAAAGAAGCAGAAGGAGCAGCAGAAGCAGAAGCAGCAGCAGAAGAAGAAGAAGAAGAGAGAGAAAGAGAAAGGAAUCAUCAAAGCAGCAGCAGCAGCAGUGGCCACCACCACCACUUAGUGCAAACUCCAACGCCCUCAGCCACCACGCCACCACCACCAACAUUUCAAAGUGAAAACGACCCCUCAGUACUAAAUGCAAUUAAUAGACAAGGCUUCUUGGAAAACCACGAGUACUCCAAUGCAACUACCACUACUGUUACGGUGGCGCCACCGGUGUCUGACUCAGAUGUGCACCCGGCUAACACCGCUGAUGACACGUGUCGACAUGGCAGCUUCGGUACAGAAGAUUAUGGGACCGCUUCUGCUGCUUCUGACAACAUUGGUUCAGCUCUUAUAAGAUUUGGGACCACCACCGCCGGUGAUGUUUCUCUCACCUUAGGGCUACGUCACGCCGGGAACGUGCCGCCGGAGAAAUCGCCUUUCUCUCUCAGAGACUUUGGAGCCAUUUAAUUUAAAUUAAACAUCGCCCUAUAUUGUUAAUCACAUCACAUAAUAAUUAAAUGUUAAUAUAUUACACGUAUAUAGGAGGUUGUUUUAUUAUAAUAUAUUAUUAUGGUGAUUAUGAAGUUAUCAUAUAUAUUAUGAUAUAAUGUUAAAAAAACAUUUUUCCA